AUGGCGAUGAUGAUGACUGGCCGUGUGCUGCUGGUGUGUGCCCUCUGCGUGCUGUGGUGCUGUGGUGCUGUGUUGACUGUGGUGGCAACCGAUGAUUUUAUCAUUGACGAAAAUACUGAGCAGAAGAUGGUCUUACUUUGGUAUAAUAUCUACAACAAAGAAUGCGAGGAAAAAAAUAAGGAGAAUGGAAGUUUGAAUGAUUCAGCGAUGAAGAGCUGUAUGCGUACAUCUAUGAAGGAGAUUUGUGGCGUUUUUUAUAAUGAUACUUCGGGUGAAACCCCUGACCCUGAAUCUGACCGUAUUUGCAAGGAGUACACUGGCGAUCCAGUUGAGGCCGCAGAAUCCUCAACACCGCAAGACAAACCGUCGCCUGGUGCGGAAACACCGGUGGCAGCACCAACUCCAGAAACAUCGAAGGACGAAGCAGAGGAAAUGGGAUUAACACCGGGGAUACCAGCGGGUGAUUCACCAGCAAAACCAACAGAAGGGCCACCACUGCCUUCAGCUGCCAUCGAUGCUGCCAGUAAUGAGACUCAAAAGGGCAUUACAGAGGUGAUGCCGAAGAAUGCACCGGAAUCCAACGCCACAAGGAAGGAAGAAGAAGAGAAAAGAAAUGAAAGGAAUCACAAUAACACGAAGACAACACCACUCGACGCCGAUGCAAUGCAACGUAUCACGUCGAGUGCAGACAGUGACAGCAGCACCGCGGUCUCCCACGCCACCUCCCCUUUUUUGCUUCUUCUUCUUCUUCUUGUUGCGUGUGCGGCUGCGGCUGCGGUGGUGGCCGCGUGA